GUCCCUUGUUAUUAAAUGGGUGAAAGGAUUAAUAAAAUAAAAUUCUAUAAGUGGCUUAUAUUCUUGUUCAGUUUUAGUAAUUUGGAUAAAAUUUAGUUAUUAUAUUUAAAUUAAUUUAAAUUCGCCUUUGAAGUAUUGAUUUUAUUUAUUAAAUUAUUUAUUAAUUAUCAAAAAUGAUGCAUUUUAAAAUUAUUCCGGAAAACUACGUGAAUAAGGCGGCAAAAUGCGCCCAAAUAGCUUUAGGGUGUAGCAGGGCUGCCCAUCAAACUGCUCUCCGCGGCUCUAUCAAGCUUAACCCUCAGAUAGCAACAUUGACACCGAAGGUGCGAGCUUUCGUAGAGCGUAGUGCAGCGCUAUGUGAGCCGGAACAUGUACAUGUCUGUGACGGCUCGGACGCCGAAGCUGCCGCGUUGCUGCAGCUAAUGCAACAGCAGGGGACUGUGAAGCCAUUGCCGAAAUAUGAUAAUUGUUGGCUGACGCGGACAGACCCAGCUGAUGUAGCGCGUGUAGAGUCCCGUACUUUCAUUUGCUCUGAGCAUGAACGAGAUGUGGUACCCAUAGCCCGAGCUGGUCAAAAAUCAGCUCUGGGAAACUACAUCACACCCGCGGAUUAUGACAAAGCUGUUACUGAUAGGUUCCCUGGCUGCAUGCGUGGUCGAACCAUGUACGUGAUCCCAUUCUCGAUGGGACCGGUGGGCUCUCCUCUAUCCAAAAUCGGCGUGGAGGUGACGGAUUCACCAUACGUCGUCUACUCCAUGCGCGUUAUGACCAGAAUGGGUAACAAAGUCCUCGAUGCUCUUCGCAAGGACGAGAAUUUCGUCCGUUGUUUGCACUCAGUUGGCCGCACCAGCAAUCCCAGUACCACGGGCUGGCCGUGUGACCCACCACGUACCAUCAUCCUGCACAGGCCAACGGAUAACGAGAUCAUCAGUUAUGGUAGUGGUUAUGGAGGUAACAGUCUCCUCGGUAAGAAAUGUUUCGCUCUACGACUUGGUUCCGUAAUGGCGAGACGCGAAGGAUGGCUCGCUGAACAUAUGCUGAUCGUAGGAAUAACUGAUCCUGAGGGACGUAAGCGUUACAUCGCAGCUGCUUUCCCCUCUGCCUGCGGGAAGACCAACCUCGCGAUGAUGACGCCCAGCCUCCCCGGGUACAAAGUGGAGUGCGUGGGAGAUGACAUCGCUUGGAUGAAGUUCGACAAAAACGGUGUCUUGAGAGCCAUCAACCCUGAGAAUGGUUUCUUUGGAGUAGCACCAGGAACGUCUGCCGGCACAAACCCCGUAGCCAUGGCAUCAGUGUUCCGCAACACAGUGUUCACAAAUGUGGCGGAGACGUCGGAUGGCGGCGUGUGGUGGGAGGGGAUGGGGGCGGCGCCCGAGAACGUUGUGGACUGGAAAGGGAAGCCCUGGAGCGCCACCGCGGGCACCCCCGCCGCGCACCCUAACUCCAGAUUCUGCACACCUGCAAACCAGUGCCCAAUAAUAGACGACCAGUGGGAGAGUGCAGAAGGAGUACCCAUUUCCGCUAUCCUCUUCGGAGGAAGGCGACCAGAAGGAGUACCUCUGGUGGUUGAAGCGAGGGACUGGCAACAUGGUGUAUUCAUGGGAGCUACUAUGAGAUCUGAAGCCACUGCGGCUGCUGAACACUCGGGUAAAAUGAUUAUGCACGAUCCAUUCGCAAUGCGUCCGUUCUUCGGGUACAACUUCGGGGACUACCUCCGCCACUGGCUGUCCAUGGCUCAGGAGGGGAGGACGAUGCCGAAGAUCUUCCACGUCAACUGGUUCAGGAAAAAUGAGCAGGGCCAGUUCCUGUGGCCGGGCUUCGGCGAGAACGCCCGCGUGCUGGAGUGGGUGCUGCGGCGCUGCGCCGGCGCCGCCGCCGCGCGCGACGCGCCGCUCGGCCGCGUGCCCGCCGCGCGCGCGCUGCGCACGGACGGGCUCGCCGGCCUCGACCUCGAGCGCCUCCUCAGCACGCCCAGGGACUUCUGGAUGAACGAGGCGGACUGUAUAGAAAAGUACUUUAAAGAAGAAGUAGGUGACGACCUUCCGAACGAGAUGUGGGACGAACUGAACAAACUUAGGAAAAACUUUGAACAAGCGUAAACUUUGUCAACCAAAGAUAUUUAUAGUAUAAGUAUAGGAUAAGAAUUUAUGAAUUUCCAUACGAUAUCAUAUGACAUACUUGAAUAAAAUCAUGAUAUCAUGAUUGUAUAAAUUUAAGUUAUGAUUUUUAAACUUGAUAAUUAUAUUUUCCUAAUAACACAUGACGAGAUUUUGUAAAUCGAAAAUAUUUUAUAUUACUGGCAACUCUUGAAGUGUAUUAAAAAUUAAAAGGCUGUGUACUUUAGGUUAGGCUUACAAUAAAGUUUUGUAUAUAAUAAUAAAUUUAUAAUAAU